AUGUCGAAGAUGUUUGUGAAGUGCGAAACGAAAAGCAGCCGCGUCAAGGGGCUCGCUUUUCACCCUUCGCUCCAGUGGGUUCUCGCCGCACUCCACAACGGCACGAUCCAGCUCUGGGACUACCGCAUUGGAUCUUUGAUUGACAAGUUCGAGGAACAUGAAGGUCCUGUGCGCGGCAUCGACUUCCACUCCUCCCAGCCGCUCUUUGUCAGUGGCGGCGACGACUACAAGGUGAAGUUGUGGUCAUUGACGACGCGCAAGUGCAUCUUCACGUUCCUCGGCCACCUCGACUACCUUCGCACGGUCUUCUUUCACCACAUCUAUCCGUGGAUUCUGUCUGCAAGCGAUGACCAAACAGUUCGGAUUUGGAACUGGCAGUCUCGCGCAUGCAUUGCGGUGCUGACUGGCCACAACCACUACGUGAUGAGUGCCCUGUUUCACCCCUAUGAGGACCUGGUCGUCUCCGCGUCUCUCGACCAAACCAUUCGCGUCUGGGACACGUCGGGCCUUCGCGAGAAGACAGGCGGCGCGGGCGGCGCGCAUGCGUUCGGCAAGGGCAGCUUCCCUGGCGGUCCCGGAGGCAGGCAUCACGCCUCGGAGAUGUUUACAGCGAAUGACGCAGUUUGCAAGUUCGUGCUCGAGGGCCAUGAACGCGGAGUCAACUGGGCGGCGUUCCACCCUUCGAUGCCGCUCAUUGCUUCCGCUGCCGACGAUCGCAUGAUCAAGCUGUGGAGGUACAACGACUCGAAGGCGUGGGAGGUGGACACCCUCCGCGGCCACUUCAACAACGUCUCGUGUCUCGUUUUUCACCCGCAGCGAGAGCUCUUGAUCAGCAAUUCGGAGGACCGGACGAUUCGUGUCUGGGACGUGAGCAAGCGCGUGGGCGUGCACACCUUCCGCCGGGAAAACGACCGUUUCUGGAUAAUCGCCGCGCAUCGCACCAGCAGUGCGCUCGCCGUUGGCCACGACUCGGGCAUGGUGGUCUUCAAACUGCACACGGAGAGGCCGCCGAGUGCGCUUCACUCACGGUUCCACUUCUACUACAUCCGCGACCGCGUCGUGUGCUUCCGGGAUCUCCAGCUGACGCUCCAGCUGUCGCACAAACAUGGAGACGCUCGAAACGCACCCGGAAGCCUCGGCGGGGGGAAUGCAGCGGGACUCGCUGCUGCGGCGGAAGUUUCCAUCUGCGAAGUCCGCCGACCCGCCAAUGCCAUGACUGCCGGACCGAAAUACCUCCUCGUCAACUCUCUCAACGCCACCGACCUGAACGCCAUCGUCAUCUAUGCGGAUGCAGAGAGCGGGUUCUCGUACGACCUCGUCGUCGGGCCGUUGCCGCAAGCAGGCUUGCCCUAUCCUGGCAGCCCGGAGACACACACGGGAUCAUGCCACUCAGUGGCAUUUGUCGCGCGAAAUCGGUUCGCAAUGAUUGACAAGGCCGGGGCAACGUCACUCGGAGUGUACAACAUGAACAACGAACUGUGCAAGAAGGUCGAGUUGCCGUGUCCCGUAGACCGGCUUUUCUUCGGAGGCAACAACCGCCUCAUUCUCAAGUCUGAGGACAAGCUGCGUCUCUUUGAGGUGCCGACGUGCCGAGUCUACCCCGAAGUCCAGUGCGGAGGAGGCGGCGGCAUCCGCUCCGUUCUUCUCUCCCCUACCGGCGAGUAUCUCAUGGUCAUUUCGAAGCACUCAUUGAUGCUUCUACACCACGUCGGACACGCGGACGGCGGAGCGUCUGACGCCACGGGUGGCUUCGAAGUCGUCUGUGCUGUCCACGAAAACAUUCGCAUCAAAGGCGGUGCGUGGGACGAAGACAACGGCACCUUCGUGUAUUCAACUCUCAGCCACGUGAAGUACCUCCUCCUCAACGGCGACCGGGGAAUCAUCCACUGCUUGAACGAGCCUGUGUACAUCUUCAAAGUCCAGAGAGGCAUGUACUACUACUUGGAUCGGCGGGCCGGCGUCCACGUCGAGCCUUUGAAUUGCCAGGAAUACCUUUUCAAACUCGCUCUCCAUCGCCGACAGUUUGACCAGGUGGCUCUGUUUGUGCGGAACGGUCAACUUUGCGGCAAUGCUCUCAUUGCCUACUUGAAGAAGAAGGGAUAUCCAGAGGUGGCCCUCGAGUUCCUCACAGACAAGAAAGCGAGAUUCCACCUGGCCCUCGAAAGUGCGUGGCAACUCCUGGGGCGGGCGGCGUUGCAGCAGGGGUACCCGUCUUUGGUGGAGUCGGCGUACCAAAAGUUGAAGGAGUUCGAGAAACUGUCGUUUCUGUACUUCAUCACGGGAAACAUCGGCAAGCUGAGGAAGAUGCUGCGGAUUGCCGAGCUGCGCAAGGAUCCAAUGAGUGAAUUCCACAACGCCCUGUUGCUGGGAGACGCCGAGGAACGCGUCCAGGUUUUGGCGGAGGUCGGACAGAUCGCCCUCGCAGCGCUCACUGCCAAGACCUACGGCUUGACUGCUCUCUACGAACAACUCCACGACAGCGUGAAGGACAUGUCCCUCGACACCUUCAUGCCCGCCGUGCCUCAGCUCCUCAUGCCGCCCAUCCCGAUCCUCAGAUGCACGGAGGCAGAGACUUCGGCCUGGCCGUCGGCAGUGUCGGAGGGCGCGUCAGUCUUUGAUAAAGCCAUGCAAGCGACUGCGGGCAUGAAACCCGAAGCGGCAGGUGCCCGGCUGUACAAAGACAUGGUGGAGGGCGCCUCAGCCGGCGCGACAGCCGGCGCUCCGCCCGCGUGGGAAGACGCCGCGGAAGACCUCGACGGCUUCGAAGUCGAUUUGGGCGAAGGCGUAGCGGGCGGCGACUGGAGCGACGGAAUCGAUUUGCCGCCGGACGAUGCAGGCCUCUCGCAACUGGGAGGCCUCGACGAGCCGGCUCCAGGAAAGGAAACUCUCGAGCACGGAUUCGACGGCGCAGGUUCCUCGUUCGUGGCGAAGCGUGAACCGCCGCACGCAGCCUGGCUGAAGGGAGGCCAACCCGUGGUGGCGGACUUUGUGGCCGCGGGCGAGUUCAGCCUCGCCCUCGAAACGCUUCAGAGACGCAUGGCUCUCCGCAAUCCGGCCCCGCUCCUGCCGAUCUUCUCCCGAGUCUACCAGGCUGCCUGGGCCUCUCUGCCCGGUUUGCCGUUCGCGCCGUCGCUCCCUCUCGCCCUCAGCGACCGCGCGGCUGGGAAAGGCGCCGCAGGAGACGGCGGUCUGAAGCCGCACCGCCUCAUUCUGCCCAGCAGUCUUAUGGAAGACUUGCGAGAAGCACACAAACUCGUCACAGCUGGGCGGUUUCAGGAGGCCCUCAGUGCGUUCCGGUUCGUCCUCCACUCCGUCCCUCUCGUUGUGGCGAACAACGCGGAGGAAGAGCAGCAGGUCCACGAAUUCAUCGAAAUUGCACGUCACUACGUCACGGGCAUGAUUCUGGAGAUGGCGCGUCUCAGUCUCGGCGAGUCGGAUCCAGGCCGAAACGUCGAGCUCGUCGCCUACUUCGCCUGCUGCAAGAUGCAGGCCUCGCACCUGUUCCUGGUGCUUCGGCGGGCCAUGAGCGUCGCGUGGAAGGCGCAAAAUUUCGUAACCACGGCAGCGGUGAGAAAGUGCAUCCGCGCACGCAAGGCAUACGUGUCCUCACCCGGGGUGGCGCGGCGCCUCCAGUCGCGCCUGGGGAUUCAGGGGAGUAUCUGGGCGCUCCAACACGAAUUCGAGACGCGCGUAGACAGGAAGAGCCGUGGGGAGGGGUGA